CUUGUUUCUGCUGUAUUUGCCUUGUGUAACCUAAGUGGUACAAUAACUUUGCAGACCCUUAUCGUUCAUACCUGGUUUUUGGCAACAUGAUGGCAAGGUGUGUUUUGCAGCUCCGUUCUGUGCUGCAUGGACUUGCCUUUGAACAGACAUGGCUUAGACCACAGGCAUGUAUCAGACCGCAGAAAAUACAGCUUCUUUCUUGUCCACAGUUUGGAAGUCUUCAUUGUAAUCAAAGACUUUAUUGCAGCUCUUCAAACAACAGAUUUUCUGAUGACAAAGUAACAAUAAAUUUUAUAAACCGAGAUGGUGAACUGAUAACAGCCACUGCAAAGGAGGGACAGAGCCUACUGGAUGUGGUGGUCAACCAGCAUGUGGAUAUUGAGGGUUUUGGUGCAUGUGAAGGAACGUUGGCCUGCUCCACCUGCCACCUCAUAUUCGAAAAGGACAUCUAUGAAAAGCUAGAUGCUGUCACGGAUGAUGAGUUGGAUAUGUUGGAUUUAGCUUAUGGUCUCACUGAUAUGUCCCGCCUAGGAUGUCAAGUGUGCGUCAAAAAGUGGAUGGAUGGAAUAACGGUCAAGGUUCCCCUGGAGGUCUCUGAUCUCAGGAAGACAGUAGAGACAGGGAAGCAAAGCAAACAAUAGGCUGCCUCACUAAUUACUGUCUCACUUAGGAAUUUUAAAAUGUCAUUUCAUUUCUUGAAUUGUUUUCAGAAAUUUAUAUAUAUAUAUAUAUAUAUGACACAGAAGGUGACUCCACUGCAAAAUGCACCCCAUCUUUUGAAGCUGGUUAAGUGUAAGUCCAUGCAUUAGUCCUUUAUUCUUAUAUUUCAUUUCUAGGAGUAUUUUAGUUUAAGAAUAUUUUAAUUUUACUUUACUACAUCUAGGCACACCAUAUGCUGCAUGAUAUUCUGUUUUAUCAGAUACAUAAAAUGUAACCAGAUUGUGUAUUUUUUCCAAAAAACAAAGAUUAACUCUUACUUUGCUGCAGGUAAUGACUUAUGCUGAUAGUGGAGGGUACAACAAAACACAUCUAACUCAUUUAACACAGCUACAGAAUGCCCUGUAGCAGCAGAACACAAAUCAACAUUCUGUGCAGGAAACAAUGCUAAAAGCUGAAUUUGCUCUGUAAAAACAGUAGAACAAUAUUUAGUGUAAAUAAGGCUUUUCCUGUUUCAGUUAGACAAAGACAGAUUAGAAAUUUCCUGUUUUGAUUUUUGAAAAAAUUAAAAUAUCUUUCUUUUAUUCUGAAAAAAAGAUAUAUUUCUGGGUUCAUGUAAUAGUAAACAUACUACUUGGUCUGCCCUAAACUCAGUAUACAAUUACUUAAAAUUAGCGUAAGGAAUUUCUGUAAAUUCAUUGUCUGAUGUAUUUUGUCUCAUCUCUUUGUUUUUGGAAAAGGCACAUGAUUACUGCUGUAUAAAUAUAUACACUGAAGUAUGAAAAAUGUCUGUUAGCAUUACAAAAACAACAAAACUUACAGAAAUGUGUUGAAAGGUUUCCUUAAAAACUCGUGUUUAUUCCUUUUUAGCCUUUGCUUUGAAGUAAAGACAGGUCAUUAGGAAAGGAACAGUGACAUUGUAUUGUCUGAUUAUUUUGGUACACAUUUGUGACAAAUAAAACCAUUUUUUAUUUGUUGUUGUGUUGCAGGAAAAAUAAACUGAUAAUAGAUUUCACAGUUAGAGAGUGUCAAACAUCAGCUGUACCAAUAAAUAAAUAAAUUUAAAAAAAAGUAAACUGAA